AUGAAUCUCGGCUUUGUUAAAGCACAAUCAGACAAUCUCCCGAAAGUAACCGUACUAAUGGUUACCGACUUUUUCUCCCAAAGUGAAUAUUUCAAUGUUGCCGAAACCAGCGGUGUCAAAGCUCGAAGAGCUGAAAGAGAGGAUUAUGGUGAUGCUGCAGUUGGGUACGUAGAGCUUAGAAGAGAAGGCAGUUUCUGUGAUGUUCGUGGAAAAGUGUGUCCAGAGCACAGGGUGAAUAGCAAAGCAUAUAAUGUCUCAAUGAUGGUUGACGAAAAAAACGAAUCGAUUGAUCGGGUGACCUGUGAGGAUUGUGCGGCAUCAGCAGGUGGUUGUAAACACACUAUCGCUUUUUUAAUGUGGGUCCACCGGCGUAGCGAAGAGCCUGAGCCGACAGCUACUGUAUGCUACUGGAAGAAGCCCCGCUUAGCUCAAGUUGCAGCGAAUGUUCGAUCGUUGAAAGCCAAAGAUUUGCGGCCACGCAGAGCUGAUCCAGAUCUACCGGAUAAUACAGACUUUUUAAAAACUGUGCUAAAUGAACUGCAGAAAAGCUGUUCAGAUAACACCGAAGUACAAAGUUUUUUAAGCUUCGCAAGCAACACGAUGACUGUGGAUCAAUGCAUCCGAGCUAGAAGAGAAACCCAAACUCAAAGUGAAUCAAAAUUAUGGAAUGAGUUACGAUAUGGACGAAUCACGGCAUCUCGGAUAUAUGAAAUGGCUCAUUGCAAGACGAAAAACGGAUCCUUGGUAGAGCAGGUCAUCGGAAGUUCAAAAAUCAGGGAUACCGAAGCAAUGGAACGAGGACGAAGAUUAGAGAAUGAAGUUAUCAAAUUACUGAAAGAGAUGUUGAAAACAAACAUAGAAGAUUGUGGAUUGCUGGUCGGAGCGAGGUUCCCUGUUAUCGGUGCGUCACCUGAUGGAGUAGGAGAUGAUUUCGUAGUCGAGAUAAAGUGUCCAAUGACUCGUAAAGCGGAAUCUAGAUACAUCGCAGCGAAUCACCAAAUUGCAAAAAAGUUUUUGGCCCAAAUUCAGCUUCAGAUGUUUAUGAAACAGGUAAAAAAGGGUUUUUUCUGCAUAGCCAAUCAUGACUUCGAAACGAGUCAUAAAAUUAGAUUGAUCUGUGUAGACUAUGACGAAGACUUUGUACUUGAUCUCAUAGAAAAGGCCAUGGCUUUUUGGAAGGAGAAUAUAUACCCUCUUAUUCUCAGAGCUGCAAAAGAAAAGCAAUGA